CAAGAAGUACAAAGCCGAGGUAGUGUUGAUUCUUUUAGUAUGGGUUUCAACUCUGUGAUAGCUGAUAUUUCUCAGGGUAACAAAAGAGAUGAUGAAGCUUUCACUAGUAGUGGAUAUUAUUGUUUUGGGUUUUUCAAGUCAAAGAGAGCUAUGCAAGAACCUAGCUUGAAAACUGCUAGCGAUAUAUAUAGAUUAGUCAGAAUAUUGUUAGAGUAUGCAGAUGGUUUAGUUUUCUGGGAAAUAUAG